UGCAAAGCAAAGGCAGCUGAGUCAGUAGACCAACUGCCCCUCAAACUUUGCUUCCAUUUGGAUAGUUUCUAUACCUCCCCAUUUUUUCUCUCUUAAGAAAAUAAUUUUUAUUUUGCUACUUUCCCCAAAAUGACAAGAAUCUUGACAACUUGCAAGAUGGUGAAAACGGCAAGAGGGGGAUUUGGUGUUUUCCAUAGGACUGUUCAGCAUAACCGAUACUUUUCAAGAAUUGGUAUCCGAUCACUGAGUAUGAAGGCACGGACAGCCAAUUUGGUGCUGGAAGAUGGGACAAAGAUGAAGGGCUACUCCUUUGGUCAUCCGUCCUCUACAGCUGGGGAGGUUGUGUUCAAUACUGGUCUGGCUGGGUAUGCAGAAACCCUGACUGAUCCCAGCUACCAUGGACAGAUUCUUACACUGGUUAACCCUGUCGUAGGAAAUGGUGGCGUCCCAGAUACUGCUGCUUUGGAUGACAUGGGCCUCAGCAGGUUCUUGGAGUCUGAUGGCAUUAAGGUUUCAGGUUUGCUGGUGUUGGAUUAUAGCAAUCAGUAUAGUCACUGGCGGGCUGUCAAGACCCUUUCAGAAUGGCUGAAAGAAGAAAAGGUCCCAGCUCUUUAUGGUAUCGAUACCAGGAUGCUCUCUAAAAUUAUCCGAGACAAGGGAACUGUUCUCGGGAAGAUUGAAUUUGAGGGUCAGCCUGUGCAAUUUUUGGACCCAAACAAGAGAAACUUGAUUGCUGAAGUUUCAACAAAGGAAGUCAAAGUAUAUGGCAAAGGAAAUCCAAUCAAAAUUGUAGCUGUGGAUUGUGGAUUAAAGCACAAUGCUAUUCGUUUGCUAGUAAAGAGAGGUGCUGAGGUGCAUUUGGUUCCUUGGAAUCAUGAUUUCACCAGGAUGGACUAUGAUGGGCUUUUAGUUUCUGGUGGUCCUGGUGAUCCAACCCAAGCACAAGAGCUAAUUGUGAAUGUCAGGAAGAUUCUAGAGAAUGAUCGCCAGGAGCCUUUGUUUGGAAUCAGUUCAGGAAAUCUAAUCACUGGUCUAGCAGCUGGGGCUUCAUCCUACAAAAUGCCCAUGGCCAACAGAGGACAGAAUCAACCAGUUGUGAACAUGAUAAAUGGACAGGCUUUCAUUACUGCUCAGAAUCAUGGCUACGCGAUAGACAGCAACUCCCUCCCUCCUGGCUGGAAGCCUCUAUUUGUGAAUGCAAAUGAUCAAACAAAUGAGGGAAUUAUGCAUGAGAACAAGCCGAUUUUCACAGUGCAGUUCUACCCAGAAGCCAAUCCUGGACCAACAGACACAGAGUUCUUAUUUGAUUCAUUUAUAUCACUGAUCAAGAAGGGAAAAGGUACCACCAUUGCUUCAGCGCUGCCCAAGGCCGCAGCUGCAACUUCGAGAGUUGAGGUUUCCAAAGUUCUAAUCCUAGGAUCUGGUGGUUUGUGCAUUGGCCAAGCAGGAGAAUUUGAUUAUUCUGGAUCACAGGCUGUCAAGGCCAUGAAGGAAGAAAAUGUGAAAACUGUCCUGAUGAACCCCAACAUCGCCUCAGUUCAGACCAAUGAAGUUGGCCUAAAGCAGGCUGACACAGUUUACUUUCUCCCAAUCACCCCACAGUUUGUUACAGAGGUCAUCAAAGCAGAACGGCCGGAUGGGUUAAUUCUUGGUAUGGGCGGGCAGACUGCUCUCAACUGUGGAGUGGAGCUAUUCAAACGUGGCAUUCUGCAAGAGUAUGGAGUGAAGGUCCUUGGAACUUCAGUUGAAUCUAUCAUGGCCACAGAGGACAGGCAGAUGUUUUCCGACAAGCUGAAUGAAAUCAAUGAGAAGAUUGCUCCCAGCUUUGCUGUAGAAUCGAUAGAAGAUGCUUUAGAAGCUGCAGAAAAAAUUGGCUACCCAGUCAUGAUCCGCUCAGCUUAUGCCUUGGGCGGACUAGGAUCAGGUUUAUGUCAUGACAAGGAACAACUGCUGGAUCUCGGUACCAAGGCAUUUGCAAUGACCAGUCAAAUUCUUGUGGAGAAGUCAGUAGUAGGAUGGAAAGAAAUUGAGUAUGAAGUUGUGAGAGAUGCUGCUGACAACUGUAUCACUGUCUGCAAUAUGGAAAAUGUUGAUGCAAUGGGAGUUCAUACAGGUGAUUCUAUUGUAGUGGCUCCCAGCCAAACACUUUCAAAUGAGGACUUGCAGAUGCUACGGGAAUCGACUAUCAAGGUUGUCCGCCACUUGAACAUUGUAGGGGAGUGUAACAUCCAGUAUGCCUUACAUCCUACCUCUCUGGAGUACUGCAUCAUUGAAGUGAAUGCUAGGCUUUCUAGAAGCUCUGCCUUAGCAUCAAAGGCCACAGGGUACCCUUUGGCAUUUAUUGCUGCCAAAAUAGCUCUUGGGAUCCCUUUGCCAGAAAUCGAGAAUGUGGUCUCAGGAAAGACAACUGCCUGUUUUGAGCCUAGCCUGGACUACAUAGUAACCAAGGUGCCCCGCUGGGACCUUGACCGCUUUCAGGGUGCCUCCAGCCAGAUCGGUAGCUCAAUGAAGAGUGUGGGUGAGGUUAUGGCUAUUGGGCGAACAUUUGAAGAGAGCUUUCAGAAAGCCUUAAGAAUGUGUCACCCCUCCAUUGACGGUUUCACAUCAGACCUGCCAAUGAACAAAGAAUGGCCAGCUAAUGUGGAUUUCAGGAAAGAGCUGGCUGAAGCCUCCACCACACGAGUCUAUGCAGUGGCCAAGGCCUUGAAUGACAACAUCUCUGUAGACAAUAUCCAUAAACUUACAGCCAUUGAUAAGUGGUUCAUCUAUAAAAUGCAUGACAUUGUGAAAAUGGAGAAGAAUUUGAAAUGUCUUAAUAGUGAGCCAAUUCCAGAGGACAGCCUGAGGAGAGCCAAGCAGAUCGGCUUCUCAGAUAAGCAGAUUGGGAAAUGUCUGGGAGUGACUGAAGCACAGAGCAGGGAACUGAGGCUCAAGAAGAACAUAACACCUUGGGUGAAACAGAUUGACACACUGGCAGGAGAAUACCCUGCUGUAACUAAUUAUCUCUAUGUCACUUAUAAUGGCCAGGAGCAUGAUGUAAAAUUUGAUGACCAUGGAAUGAUGGUGCUAGGCUGUGGACCAUAUCACAUAGGGAGCAGUGUAGAGUUUGAUUGGUGUGCCGUUUCUUGCAUCCGCACAUUGCGUCAGCUCUGCAAAAAGACAGUUGUAGUGAACUGCAACCCGGAGACGGUGAGCACUGAUUUUGAUGAGUGUGACAGGCUCUACUUUGAUGAACUAUCACUGGAGAGGAUUUUGGACAUCUACCAGCAGGAGGAAUGUGAUGGCUGCAUCAUCUCUGUAGGAGGGCAGAUUCCAAAUAACCUGGCUGUGCCACUUUACAGAAGUGGAGUUAAAAUUUUGGGUACUAACCCGCUGCAGAUUGACCAUGCAGAAGAUCGGUCUGUAUUCUCGGCUGUUCUUGAUGAACUGCAAGUAGCUCAAGCGCCUUGGAAAACAGUUAAUUCUUUGAAAGAUGCUGUUGAAUUUGCUAACCUGGUUGGCUACCCAUGCUUGCUGAGACCUUCAUAUGUUUUGAGUGGCUCAGCAAUGAAUGUAGUCUGUACAGAAAAAGAAAUGAAGAAGUUCUUGGCAGAGGCAACCAGAGUUUCACAGGAACACCCUGUUGUGCUAACAAAAUUCAUUGAGGGAGCUCGAGAAGUGGAAAUGGAUGCGGUUGCAAAGAAUGGAAAGGUUAUCUGUCAUGCUGUUUCUGAGCAUGUGGAAGAUGCAGGAGUUCACUCUGGAGAUGCUACAUUAAUGUUCCCUGCACAAACAAUUAGCCAAGGAGCCUUGGAGAAGGUGAAAAUUGCAACCAGAAAAAUUGCAGAUGCCUUUGUUAUCUCGGGACCAUUCAACGUUCAGUUUCUCAUCCGGGGAAACAAUGUCUUGGUGAUAGAGUGCAACCUGCGAGCUUCACGCUCUUUCCCAUUUGUGUCAAAGUCUCUUGGUCUGGAUUUCAUUGAUGUGGCCACUAAAGUGAUGACUGGGGAACAAAUCCACGAGUCCACCCUUCCUGCACUGGCAAACCCCAUGAUUCCUUCUGACUAUGUUGGCGUCAAGGCUCCCGUGUUCUCAUGGCCCCGUCUGAGAGAUGUUGACCCUAUUCUCCGAUGUGAAAUGGCAUCCACUGGGGAGGUGGCCUGCUUUGGGGAGAAUAUCCAUUCUGCCUUCCUGAAGGCAAUGCUAUCUACAGGAUUUAAGCUGCCACAGAAGGGAAUUCUGCUUGGAAUCCAGCAUUCCUUCCGUCCCAAAUUCCUUGAUGAAGCAGAGCAGCUGCAUAGUCUUGGUUUUAAGCUUUAUGCUACGGAAGCAACUUCUGACUGGCUCAAUGCCAAUGGCAUUCCUGUAUCUCCAGUUGCAUGGCCAUCCCAGGAAAGCAUGGACCCCACGCGCCUUCCAGUCAGAGAGCUCAUAAAAGAUGGGAGCAUAGACUUGGUAAUUAACCUUCCCAAUAACAACACAAAGUUUGUCCGUGACAAUUACCUGAUCCGCAGGACAGCUGUUGACAGUGGAAUUUCUCUCCUCACUAAUUUGCAGGUGGCAAAGCUCUUCACUGAAGCAAUCAAACACUCUGGAAAACUGGACUCUAGAAGUCUCUUCCACUACAGACAGUUCAAUGCCAAUGCAGCAGCGUAAAAGAACAUCCUGCUAGCAUCGCUUCCUAAUACUGGAGGGGGAAUGAUAUUCCCGACAGAUGACGUCUGCCCUGUUCUGUAGAUAAUAACCUCAAUUAAUGUCUUCAUGUAAAAGUCUUGUCUUCUACUUUGGAGACACUACUGUGCCUGCAUGUUCUAAAUGUUGAAUAUUUGAAAACUUUAUACCCUGGGACUUCGUUAGAAGUAUCCCAUUGAAUUCAGUGGGACUUAUUUCUAAGUGCACUUGCAUAGUAUUUGGGUGGCAAGUUGGAAUCCCAGAGACUUCGCAAAUUGAUUGAAAUGUUAAAGAAUAAA